GCCGCUUGCCGCCACAAUCUCUUCUGUGCCACAGUACAGCUUUCGAAUUCACGAUAAACCAAAUCACGUCUGCUUCAGGACGCAUAUUAAGAUCCUCAAAUGGCAACCAUUCGAGAUGCCCAGAACCUCAGAGAAAGAAUUGGGCAUUGUCGAGUCCUGAUCAUAGGGAGAGCAAACGCAGGCAAAACAACUAUUCUUCAGAAGGUCUGCAAUACCACGGAUGAACCAGAGAUUUACGAUAUCAAAGGAAACAAGAUCGAUGCUGCCAUCGCGCAAUCCUCGAUCCAGCGUGGAAAUCACGACAUCACAACCGGGAUGGUAUUCAAAAGCAAUCCUGGUUUUGUCUUUCACGACUCGUGCGGUUUUGAAGCGGGCUCUAACGAAGAAUUCGAGAAGGUGAAGACUUUUAUCUCGGAACACGCACACGCAACAAAAUUGGAGGAGCGAAUCCAUGCUAUCUGGUAUUGCAUUCCAAUGGACGAUCCGUCUCGAACAUUCCAGCGGUCGGAGGAGAAGUUUUUCUUGGAGUGCGACACUGGGUACGUUCCCGUGGUUGUAGUGUUCACCAAGUUCGAAGUUUUGCGUCCAGUCGCGUAUGGUGAAAUCAAGAAGCAACUACGAGGGGUAUCGGGCGAAGAGCGCUCGAAGAGGAUUGCUGAGCGUGUCGAGGAACUGUUCAGUAAGACAGGCGUCUUGGAUCGGUUGCGCAACCUUGAAAACCGUGCCCGUUUCAAGUCCUAUGUACGCUUGGAGCAUAUGAACCAACCAUAUACAAACUGUAACACUUUAUUGGAACACACCAUUCUCGCAUUGGACAACGAAGGAUUGCGAUUGUGUUUGGUGUGGACACAACAAUCAAACCUGGAGCUUUGUAUCCAGUGUGCCGUCAUGACACUCGUCGAUCGUGCAUGUCAGCAAUCCAGGCUACAUCGAAUCAAUUAUGAAGAUCAGUAUGACAUUGCUAAGUGGUUUCCACAUCUCAAAGUAAGACGAAGAUUGAUUCAAUCUGACAAUGCUCUGAUAGUGGUGCUCACGGAUGUUGUCCAUUGAUAACAGCUGGUAAGAUUGUGGUUCGCGCAGCUCGAACAUCAUAUACAACGCUGAUACCUUGUUAUUGCUCGCCUGUUGACAGCGGGUAAGAGGUAAGUGCCUUG